GUGGCAGUGUUUGUUCGAACCUAUCGGGGCCUAUCGAUAUAAGCAAAAGCAUUUUUGCUGGAUCUACCAUUUUAUUUUAGUUAAUAAAAUACAUAUAUUUCCUCUCUUUUUGUUCCGUUUGUGCGCGUACAAAACUAACUGCGAAUACGUGCAAUAUUUCAUAAACUGAACGGGAAUAAACGGAAAACGACGAAAGAAAACGAAAACGGAUCUGCGACGAAAUUUUCCCCGUUCCGUUUUUUUUUCUCCACCAGCAGCAGCAGCAGAAGCAGCAGAGCAAAAGCAGCGAAUAUAUUUGUAAAAGAGAGCCCCAACCUUGAGAAAAACCAAGCAGCAGGGCAUUAAUUAGUUCGUUUUAUCGUCUGCUGUUUUUCAAGUAAACGCCCACAACUGUUUUUGAAGCGAAGCCCCUAGGCGGAGGAGCAGUUAGCCAGGAUGGACAAGAUGAGGAUAUUGAAGGAAAGUCGCCCCGAGAUAAUCGUCGGUGGCAAAUAUCGAGUGAUCAGGAAGAUUGGCAGCGGAUCGUUUGGCGACAUUUAUCUGGGCAUGAGCAUCCAGAGCGGCGAAGAGGUGGCCAUCAAGAUGGAGAGCGCCCACGCCCGCCAUCCGCAGCUGUUGUACGAGGCCAAGCUGUACCGCAUCCUGAGCGGCGGCGUGGGAUUCCCGCGCAUACGUCACCAUGGCAAGGAGAAGAACUUCAACACCCUGGUCAUGGAUCUGCUGGGACCCUCGCUGGAGGAUCUAUUCAACUUUUGUACGCGCCAUUUCACGAUCAAAACGGUGCUGAUGCUGGUCGACCAGAUGAUCGGACGCUUGGAGUACAUCCAUCUCAAGUGCUUCAUCCAUCGCGACAUCAAGCCGGACAACUUUCUCAUGGGCAUCGGUCGGCACUGCAACAAGCUCUUCCUAAUCGAUUUCGGACUGGCUAAGAAGUUCCGCGAUCCGCACACGCGUCAUCACAUCGUCUACCGCGAGGACAAGAACCUCACCGGCACCGCCCGCUAUGCCUCGAUCAACGCCCAUCUGGGCAUCGAGCAGUCGCGGCGUGACGACAUGGAAUCGCUUGGAUACGUGAUGAUGUACUUCAAUCGCGGCGUACUGCCCUGGCAAGGCAUGAAGGCCAACACCAAGCAGCAGAAGUACGAGAAGAUCUCCGAAAAGAAGAUGUCCACGCCCAUCGAGGUCCUCUGCAAGGGCUCGCCGGCCGAGUUCUCCAUGUAUCUGAACUAUUGUCGUAGCCUGCGCUUCGAGGAGCAGCCAGAUUACAUGUACCUACGUCAAUUGUUCCGCAUACUGUUCAGGACGCUGAACCAUCAAUAUGACUACAUCUACGACUGGACAAUGCUGAAGCAGAAGACCCACCAGGGUCAACCCAAUCCAGCUAUACUCUUGGAGCAAUUGGACAAGGACAAGGAGAAGCAGAACGGCAAGCCCCUGAUCGCGGACUAAGAGCUGGAUCGCUUGAAGACGAUAGGGGGGAGUGCAUCUGAAGAGGAAAACGAAGGCGUGGAUGUAAAUGAGGAUGAUGUGGGCGAAAGGCCCGGCAAGGAGCGGAGGAAAUGUGAAGCAUGAAGCGAACGCAACCGUAGGAUCGAGUAACAGCAGCGGGCGUUUGGAUGUUUCUUAAUAUUAAUUUAAAUUCAAUACUAAACAAAUAAGGAACAACAGCAAGCAAAAGCAACAGCAACAGCGCAGACAAGUAAACAACACAUUAACGAUAUAAAAUGAUACCCCAGCAAAUGUGAUUCACGAGUGAAUCACUGCGAUCGAUAGUAACACAAACCGAAAUUAUUGCAAAUCAAUUCGAUUCAAACCAAUUCGCAAUCCACACACAAACAAACAAACACACACACAAAACAAAACAACACACACAAACACUCACUCACUCACCCACAAACACCCACUUUCAUACACCCACUCAAAAAGCAAACAUCAUUGCCCCAAAAGGGCGAGAAAAAAAACAAAAGAAAAGAAAUCAACAACACUUAGCCUAAUAAAUUACAAGAAAUAAUAUUGGUAAAGUUGGAGGAACAAAAUGAAGUAAUGCUGAUAAAACUAAACCUAUAUAUAUGUAUAUGUAUAUAUGUAAGCGAAUAAACACAACACCAUAUAUGUAUGCAUAUAUCCCAUUUGAUUCACGUCAAAUCGAAUCCAAUGCUUAAUUAUGAAUCGAGCGAAACAAAACUCAAUAACUAAUUAAAAUGGAAUAAAUAAGAAACAAAACAACAACAAACAAGAUUAAACAAUAAAAAAAAAUUAAUAAAACACACCGAGAAAAGCAAGCAAAAAAAUAUUGUGGAGGAUGCGGAGGAGAAACAACCAAGCAAAGCCAACUGAGAUGGGGGAAAUCAGCAACAAGAGUAAAACAAGAAUAUAAUAAUAAUAAUAAUAAUGAAGAAAGCUAGAAAGAAAGAAAACAAAACAAAACAACAAAAAAAAAAAAAACAGAUCGCAAAACUGCAAAGUAAUUUUGCAUAGUAAGCCGUAAUAAUUAUAAAUAUAACUUAUAUUUAAUUUUUUGAAUUACAUCAAUAAAUAUGUUGAAAUUAAAUUUCGACUCGGAGCUGUUCACAUCUGCAUUAGACAGAGAUGGGGCAUACGAAAGGGAGAGAAGUGCAGUAAAAUGUAUUUAUUGUUGUAAUAUACAUACGUCAUUGUUUAUUAGCGAUUAUGUGUAUUGGUUAAUAAUCUUUUUUAAAAAUUGUAGAAUGUAAUUAGUUUUUUUAUUAAACUAUAUAAAAUUUACAUAAAAAUUGUA